AUGAUUCUCUUCUGCAUAUCCCUAUACGCCUGCGUCGAUCUCAUCAUCAAAACCUGGGUCAAGUGGGACACCUCUCCUGUGCUGGUCAGCUUCGCCAGAAGCCCCACGCCCGUAUGGCAGGUGCCAUUUCCCGCCAUCACCAUUUGCUCGGAAACGAAGGCGAGACAGAGGGUUUACAAUUUCACAGACGCCUAUGAUCGAGUCGUACACGGGGCGAAUAUGACAGACGAAGAAUGGAAACGUUUCUCCGACAGUUCUUUGAUAUGCGACAAUCAUCUAUAUACAAGUGGAGAAAAAGUUACGGGAUUCGAUACCAUCGAAUAUCUUAUGAGUAUUGCGCCUCAAUUUGAAGAUGUUUUCUUCAAUUGUAAAUGGACAUUGUUGAAUGAAAGUUGCGAUAAUAUGUUCACACCUAUACUAACAGAAGAUGGAUUGUGUUUUACAUUCAAUAUGUUGGAUAAGAGCGAACUUCUUCGUGAUAAAGUGUUUUUACACGGAGAUUAUAUGAGUCAUGGCAGAAAUGCAGAAGGUUGGACUCUGGAAGAUGGGUAUCCGAAGACAGCUAAGAAAGACACGUUCCCGAGAAGAGCGUUAUCAGCAGGAUUUUCGGCAGGAUUAUUCUUAGUCCUGAAAGCAUACGAGCCUGAUCUCGACUAUAUUUGCAGAGGACCUGUACAGGGAUUCAAGAUACUCCUCCACCACCCAGCAGAGGUACCCAGAGUGGGCACCCAAUACUUCCGCGCGCCCCUGAACCAAGAAGUGGUGGUCUCUGUCAAACCGGACAUGAUGACGACAGCGCCCGGCCUGCGGAACUACGACCCGCACCGCAGGCAAUGCUUCUUUCCCUCCGAGCGGUACCUGGCGUACUACCAGAGCUACACGCAGCAGAACUGCCAGGUGGAGUGCCUGACCAACUUCACGUUGGCGAAGUGCGGCUGCGUGGCCUACCACAUGCCACAUGAAGAAUAUACACCGAUAUGCAGUUCAGGAAGCCAGAUGUGCAUGUUCCUAGCAAAAAGUAAGUUAUGUAUAUGA